GUGAGUGUGUGUGUGAGUGUGUGAGUGUGUGUGUGAGUGUGUGUGUGUGUGUGUGUGUGUGUGUGUGUGAGUGUGUGAGUGUGUGAGUGUGUGUGUGUGUGAGUGUGUGUGUGUGUGUGUGUGUGUGAGUGUGUGUGUGUGUGAGUGUGUGUGUGUGUGUGUGUGUGUGUGUGAGUGUGUGUGUGUGAGUGUGUGUGUGUGUGAGUGUGUGUGUGUGUGUGUUUAUGUGUGUGUGUGUGUGAGUGUGUGAGUGUGUGUGUGUGUGUGUGUGAGUGUGUGUGUGUGAGUGUGUGUGUGUGUGUGUUUAUGUGUGUGUGUGUGUGAGUGUGUGAGUGUGUGUGUGUGUGUGUGUGUGUGUGUGUGUGUGUGUGAGUGUGUGUGUGAGUGUGUGUGAGUGUGUUUGUGUGUGUGUGUGUGUGUGAGUGUGUGUGUGUGAGUGUGUGUGUGUGUGUGUGUGUGUGUAUGUGUGUGUGUGUGUGUGUGUGAGUGUGUGAGUGUGUGAGUGUGUGUGUGUGUGAGUGUGUGUGUGUGAGUGUGUGUGUGUGAGUGUGUGUGUGUGAGUGUGUGUGUGUGUGUGUGUGUGUGUGUGUGUGAGUGUGUGAGUGUGUGUGUGUGUGUGUGUGAGUGUGUGAGUGUGUGUGUGUGUGUGUGUGUGUGUGUGUGUGAGUGUGUGUGUGUGUGUGAGUGUGUGUGUGUGUGUGUGAGUGUGUGUGUGUGAGUGUGUGUGUGUGUGUGUGAGUGUGUGUGUGUGUGUGUGUGUGUGUGAGUGUGUGUGUGUGUGUGUGUGUGUGUGUGUGUGUGUGUGUGUGUGUGUGUGUGUGUGUGUGUGUGUGUGUGUGUGAGUGUGUGAGUGUGUGUGUGUGUGUGUGUGUGUGUGUGUGUGAGUGUGAGUGUGUGUGUGUGUGUGUGUGUGUGUGUGCACUUAGAUGAGCUGCAGUGUGUCUGAUCUGGAGUUACAGGGUUUAUGCAGUAAUGUACACUAAUCUGAUUGAAUUGUUUAGUGAACGGUUUGUUUCACUGAUCAGCAGUAAUGGUGAUCACCCCCCCGCUCUGCUGAUUAAUGGGUUUUUCAGUAACUGGGCCGUUUCUGUAGCGCAGGCGGCGCUGUGUCUCUUUAAUGAAACGACGCUGAAACAGUUCAGUUUUUUAAUCUCUUUUCUCCUGAUCCAGAUGUUCAUCCAGACGACCACACUGACCGUAUCCAUGAGCCUGAGCGCCACCGUCUCGCUCGGCAUGCUCUACAUCCCCAAAGUCUACGUCAUCAUCUUCCACCCGGAGCAGAACGUGCAGAAGAGGAAGCGCAGCUUUAAAGCUGUGGCUCAAGCGGCCGCCGCCUCCUCCCGCCUCUCGCAGAAAUCCAGCGACAAACAGAACGGAGAGACCAAGGUGGAACCCGACCGCUCGCAGUGAACAGUGCGGAGUGGACCCGGACCCGCGGGGAGUAAAGAGUCUUUAUUCCACUGAGAUGAUCUAACAGAUGGAAACAGUUCUGAUGAACUUUUAGGACAAAUCCAGAACUUUCUCCUUCAGUACUUGUUACAGACUGAGAAUAGCUGAGCUCUGCUGGACUGAUCAGUUCUUCAGUGAAAGAGUGAAGAAGAUGAGUAGAUACUUCAGAUUUGAGAAUGUGAACUAUAUUUCUAUACCCUUUUCCCAACACGGAUUAAACCCUCUAGAAAUGUUUUUAAAAUGGAUAAAACAGCUUCUUUCACCAGCAUGAGUUACUAAAUACCCAAACUCCCACAAUCUGACUCACAGUGACAGAUCUAAGAAAUCAGAGUGAAAAUGUCUGUAAUUGAAGGUCGAUGGGUGAAAGAUCAGACCUGUGUUUAAUAUUUUUAAACUUUAUUUUCCGCCCCAAACAGAGAGUUUCCCACCGAUAUUUAACUAAUGAAACUCUACAGAAUAAACAGCCGAUUAGCUAAAGAUCAAGAACAGAGGAAACUGUGAGUUUGAUUUUUGGGUGAUUUACCUGUUUAAUGUUCCAGCUGGUGCAGAAUGUUAUUUUGUUUAACAGGUAAUUGAUUUCAUUAUUAUAAGAUCAUCUAAUUCCAUACUAGAAGGCAGACGAUAUCUGUAAAAAUUAACAAAUGGCCAUGUAACUUUAGAAUGAAAUAUAUAUUUUAGAUUGUGCCAUACAUUUUUCUAUAAGAAACAAUAUUUAAGAAUGUUAUUUUUUUUUUUAUCUGAUUGAUAACAGAAUGAGUUCCAGUCUACCUCAGUGCAGUAAAGGGAGCCCUCUACUGGAUCAAACUGAAAAUAUCAUACACUGGGUAGUAAGAACAGCAGCCUAUUUAUUAAAGGAAAAAAACUAAUAAACAUUACUUGUAAUUGUGAACUGGCACAAAUCUGAUAAUAACAGUGUGUAGGACUGACUGGAUUCUGAACUCCAGUUACAAUUUACUACUUGAAACUAGUUUAGGUGGAAUUCAGCAUUAAUCUCUGGGUGAAAUGUUUCUGGGUAUGUUCUUUACAGGUAAAUAAAGCAAGUCUGUUCUCUCAGUGUUUCUGUUCACGGACAGUAAACUCAGGUCCAGUCUCGGAGUGUUUUGUGAAUGUUUUGUUUGUUCCUCAAGAGAAAAAUAAGAUUAAAGAUAAAUGUAUUUAAUGUAUGCAUGUUUGAAAUAAAAAAAAUGUUA